UCUGUAUAUCUUUGUCUGUGGGCACAGAUGUCUCCGUCUCUGUUUUUCUUUGUUCCCUUCCCUCACUUGUAUCCUCACGACUGGAGAACGAAACAGCCACUGAUCUGCCGCACCGCGUCUCAAGUAUUUUUGCGUUUGGAUCGCAUUCGAGAUGUUGCUCUGGACCGCAUCAAGCGCGUCCACUUUAUGCCGUAUUCGGGUCAGAUUCCGCCGACCGCUUCUCUCGCCGGCAUCCCCUGCUUCCCCACGUCGGCUUAUACUCGGAUGCGGGCCGCCCUCGAGAGCAGACAGGGCGACUGGUGUCUCUCCCGGCAGCGUCAAUGGGGGCUUCCGCUUCCGUUCUUCAGGCUGCAGAGAGGCCAAGCAGAGCCUGCGGGUGGUGACGAGCCUCCCCGCAGUGGAGGCGAAUCUGAAAGAGUUCAGGGAGUGGCGCAGAGUCGCGAUCCCUCAGAAGAACCUCUUUUUGGAGACAUAGACACCUUUGAAGCAAUUGCGCGGAAAAUCCGGGAGGAAGGAAGCGACGCCUGGUGGACAAGUGCACACCCCGCGUCCUGGCUCCCCCCACAACACAGUUCGCCCCUGGAUGCAAUUGGAACUGCUUAUAAUUCUUUAUUUCUAUCUAUAUUUAUGUAUAUCUAUUUAUACAUCCCUUGGAUGUAUCCGUAUCUCUCUAUGUCUCUCCGUAUCUCU